GACACAUGCUAAUAAAAGCUAUGGCGGAGUCGUCAGCACCUCCAAGCUCUGUCACAAGUUCUUUCGUGGCUGUAGACGUUCCAUAUCCGAGUCACAAUGUUCCUAGUCCUUAUUCUGCUGCAAAUUUCAUUGCUCAUCCGUGACGUCAGCAGCAUAACCGAUGGGUACGUCGCAGAGCAAUCCGCCUUUGGAUUUGUUGCAUCCAUAUGGACCAACGGUGUGCUCCGAUGUACAGGAGGCAUUAUCCAUCCAAGAUAUAUCCUCACUGCAGCAAUCUGUGUCAAGGACAUACCACUCCAUACAAUGAGCAUAGGUACCGGAAAAGUCGGCUUGUAUGAUGUCGGAUUACAUUUCUCAACAGUCGAACGAGUAGUGAUUCACCCGGACUUCACAGUCUUUGUUUUUGGAGUUCAGGAUCUGUCAGUUAACACUAUCAAUAACAUAGCUGUGUUAAAACUGUCCGCAGCUCUCCAGCUGGGCUCUGAGCGAUAUGCGAUUUCUCUGGCUAAUAACAAAGCCGCAAGUUGCGUCUGUCAAAUAAGUGGUUGGAGUUCUGGGUGGGGCCCUAUGGACCCCUCGAGACAUUUGGUGCACUUUUUUGCCAAUCCUUUGACUCCCCUAGAGUGUCUACAACGGGGCGCACUCGUGCUGCUGAAUCAUUUCUGCGCAAUUGAUUUAUAUGGGAUGAGGAGCAUAAGUUUGACGGACAUCGGGGGAAUAUUCGUUUCCGAGGGUAAGGCAUUUGGUAUUAUUGUUGGAAGCGUAGCACGCCCUGCGCCUGCACCUGAAGUAAUCAUUCUGCCGAUAUACCCAUAUUUAUCAUUCCUUUUUGACGUUCUCAAGGGCGUGCUCUAAUUAAUAAACCGACAUUUCACAGUCUAGGCAAAGGAUUCUGACAGAUAUUAAUGUAAACAAAAUUCUCACUUACUGUAACAAGUUAAAGCUAAAUUAAAGCUCAGGAGAUGUUCGAAGAA